AUGCGAUCAACAUUCGUAGUCUUAUUGCUGUUUGUCUUCGUCAUUGCUGUUUUUUCAGCAUCUAUACAGAUUAAUGAUCCUCCAGUGGAAGAGCAAGACUCUGAAUCAUCAAGCGAUAAUGAAAGUGACGAAGAUAAGAAUUCGAUAAGUCACAAUGUUGAUCAGAGACAUCAAGAAAAUGAACAUCGUGUUCAACGGUCAGCAGAUGCAAACCGUGGACAAGGCUCAGGAAAUGGAAACGGUGGGCAAGGUUCUGGAAAGGGAAACGGUGGACAAGGUUCUGGAAAGGGAAACGGUGGACAAGGCUCAGGAGAGGAAAACGGUAGGCAAGGUUCUGGAAAGGGAAACGGUGGACAAGGUUCAGGAAAUGGAAACGGUGGACAAGGUUCUGGACAUGGAAACGGUGGACAAGGUUCAGGAAAUGGAAACGGUGGGCAAGGUUCUGGAAAUGGAAACGGUGGACAAGGUGCAGGAAAUGGAAACGGUGGACAAGGUUCUGGAAAUGGAAACGGUGGACAAGGUUCAGGAAAUAGAAACGGUGGGCAAGGUUCUGGAAAUGGAAACGGUGGACAAGGUUCAGGAAAUGGAAACGGUGGACAAGGUUCAGGAAAUGGAAACGGUGGGCAAGGUUCUGGAAAUGGAAACGGUGGACAAGGUUCAGGAAAUGGAAACGGUGGGCAAGGUUCUGGAAAGGGAAAUGAUGGACAAGGUUCAGGAAAGGGAAACGGUGGACAAGGUUAA